AUGUCGAACUUCCUCAACCAAGACUUCGGUUCUGACGAUGACGAGGACGAUUUCAACCCAGCCCCUCACGAAGAUUCUGAUGUCGAGGAACCCCGAACCAAGCCUUCUAAGAGAGAUCGCUCAAGCCGCGGUCGUGACGACGAAGAUGACGUGAAGUACGGGACCAAUGAACAAGAGGGAGAUACCAAGGAUGUUGAGGAUGAGGAUGAGGACGAAGAGGUGGAGAACGAAGUGGAUGAUGAGGAAGAGGAAGACGAGGAAGAUGACGAGGAUGAAGCAGUGUCGAGUCACCCGCAAAAACGGCAAAAGCGUGUUGCCAAUCCCUUCAUCGAAAUCGAGGCCGGUGUCGACGCGGAAGAGGAUGAAGCCGAGGAUGAGGAAGAUGAGUUUGCCGAAUAUGGCAUGGAAACCCAUCCGGAUGAUCUUGAUGCGCUGCCCCAAGGCACCGAGACAGAUGACCGCCGCCACCGCCAGCUUGAUCGCCAGCGCGAAAUCGAUGCCAGCAUGGACGCAGAGAAGCAGGCCCAGAUGCUCAAGGAACGCUAUGGGCGCAACCGUGCUGCCGCAACCGAUUCACUUGUGAUCCCAAAGCGACUGCUGCUUCCCAGUGUGGAGGACCCUAGCAUUUGGGGUGCCCGCUGCAAGCCUGGAAAGGAGAAGGAGGUCGUAUACUCAAUUCAAAAACGAAUUGAAGAACGACCAGCGGGCUCCCGGAAUCCCAUCCGAAUUAUCUCGGCUUUCGAGCGCGGCAACAUUAUGCAAGGUUGGUUCUACUGUGAAGCCCGGAGGCAGGCCGAUGUCACGGAAGGCUUGGAAGCCAUCAAUUUCUACUAUCCAUCCCAGAAGUUGACUCUGGUUCCCGUAAAGGAGAUGCCGGAUCUUCUCCGCGUCCAGAAGUCGGAGGAGCUUCUACCUGGUGGCUGGGUCCGCAUCAAGCGUGGUAAAUACCAGGGUGAUCUGGCUCAAAUCGAGGAGGUUGAAACCAACGGAUUGAAUGUCACUGUGCGACUUGUUCCUCGACUGGACUACGGCAUGAAUGACGAUACUCUUGGUGCCCCAGCUCCUGAUGCCAAACGGAAACGCGGUGCCAUGGUCACUGCCCGUCCUCCGCAGCGUCUGUUCAGUGAGACAGAAGCGAAGAAGAAGCACGCAAAGUACCUCUCGUCUACUUCCGGUUUGGGAGGCAAAUCAUGGAACUAUCUCAAUGAGAACUACGUGGAUGGAUUCCUCAUUAAGGAUAUGCGUGUGCAGCACUUGACUGCCAAGAACGUCAAUCCGCGGUUAGAGGAGGUGACCAUGUUCGCACGUGGCGGAGAGGAUGGCACUGCCAACCUGGAUCUGGCGUCACUGGCCGAGACGCUGAAGAACUCUGCGGCCGAGGACUCAUACCAACCGGGUGACCCAGUGGAGGUCUACCGGGGUGAACAGCAAGGCUUGAUCGGUCGCACAGUGUCUACCCGAGGCGACAUUAUCUCAUUGCAAGUCACCGAGGGAGAGUUGGCAGGACAGACAAUCGAUGCGCCAGUUCGGACUCUCCGUAAGCGCUUCCGUGAAGGUGACCAUGUCAAGGUCAUCGGCGGCAGCCGGUACCAGAAUGAACUCGGCAUGGUUGUGCAGGUUAAGGAUGACACAGUAACUCUGCUCAGCGAUAUGAGCAUGCAGGAGAUCACCAUUUUCAGCAAGGAUCUUCGACUUUCCGCCGAGAUGGCUGCGGAUGGACAACUCGGCAUUUACGAUGUUCAUGAUCUGGUCCAACUCGAUGCCGCCACCGUGGCUUGUGUCAUCAAGGUAGACCGCGAGUCUCUCCGCGUGGUGGAUCAGAAUGGUUCCAUCCGCAACAUCCUUCCUACGCAGAUCGCAAACAAGAUUACCCCCCGUCGUGAUGCCGUCGCAACUGAUCGCAACGGCGCUGAGAUUCGAAGCGGCGAUACUGUUCGCGAGGUCUACGGAGAGCAGCGUUCCGGAGUCAUCCGCCACAUUCACCGUUCAUUCCUCUUCCUGCAUAACAAAGCGCAGGCCGAAAACGCAGGUAUCUCUGUGGUGCGCACAACGAAUGUUGUUACUGUGUCCGCGAGAGGCAAUCGGCCUACUGGACCCGACCUCACCAAGAUGAACCCUGCUAUGGCGAUGCAAAAUCCUGCAGGUGGUGCUGCCAUGCCACCCCUCGCCGUGACCGUGACCAUCCGAAAAGGCCGUCACAAGGGUCUCGUCGGUAUUGUUCGUGACGCAGACGACAACUCUGCUCAGGUUGAGCUCUAUACAUCCAACAAGCCCGUUCAUAUCCCUCGUGAUAUCCUCACACCUAAAGACCCUGUCUCUAAACAGCCCCUAUCCAUGGGCCGUGGAAGAGGAGGAGGUGGCCCUGGCGGACGCACUCCCUUCGGCUCCUCGGGUGGCCCUGCGAGAGAUGGUUGGGCAGGUAGUCGAACACCGAUGGCUGCCGCUGAUUCAUCCAGAACCCCAGCAUGGGGUGGCGCCUCCGCGAGAACUCCUGCUUGGGGUGGUCUGAGUGGUUCCCGUACCCCAGCCUGGAAGGCCGACGGUUCUCGUACCGUGAACCCGUACGAUGGAAAUCGUACCGCCUACGGAGGAGUUGGCAGCCGCACCCCUUCAUGGACCUCCGGAUCGAAGACCCCAUAUGACUCGAGCUCCGGCUUCGACGCCUUUGCCUCUGGAUCCCGUACUCCCGGCUGGGGCGUUAGCGCCGGUGCCAGCGCUGCCGCGAAUACAGGCAGCCGUACUCCCGGCUGGAGUAGCAUGGCUGCUGGUCGAGACCAGCGUGAUUUCGACGACGCUCCGACUCCUGGCGGCAAUUACUCAGCCCCUACCCCCGGCGCCUACGCAGCUCCCACCCCUGGUGUCCCAACCCCUGGCGGAUGGUCCGAGAGUGCACCCACACCCGGAGGGGCUUUCAGCGCACCUACUCCUGGUGGACCUUCAAAGCGUGACUAUGAUGCUCCAACCCCUGCGGCUUUCGACGCGCCAACUCCGGCCAUGGGCGGCAUGGCUGCUACUCCUGGCGCUGGUUAUGGUAAUGAUGGUGGACCUCGGUACGAGGACAGCCCCAGUCCUUAG